GGGGAGAAAUACUUGUUUGCAACCAAAACUAUUUUUGAACAAACGCUUCAUUUUAGAAAUCCUAGCCAGCUAAGAAAAGCUGAAUUGAGAUUUUUUGCUGUAAAAUAAUUUUGUAUUGCAUUUCAUCAAAUGAUUCCCUGUGAUGCUCAUGUGUUAGGUAAUCCUGACAGAGGAGUAUUUGAAAUAGAAUACGAAGAGGUACUUAACUGGUAUGGAACAGGAUUUGACAUCUUUUGUGGAAUAUUUGCAAGGAUACAUUUAACUUUUUCAGACAUAGAUAACCAAAAUAGGUUAAGAAUUUUUCAUGAAAGUUAAAGCAUUUGUAUUUUAGCCUGCUGCUUUUUCUCCACGGUGUUUCUACCUCUGAAUGAAUCCAAAGGGAAAGCUGGCACUCACUCAGCUGUUUUGACUAUUAAAUAAGUGUGCUUUUUCUCAUUCUGUUGAGAUGGUGUUUAGCUGUGACUGAAUAUAAACCUUUUAAAUGUUUGGAAAUAUACCUGCUAUGCUGAAAGGAUGGAUUGCUUAUGCAUUGUAACAACAAAGAAAUACCGCUAUCAGGAUGAAGACACACCCCCACAGGAGCACAGCUCUCCCCACAUUGCCAAUGAGGUGACAGGUCCAGAGCUGGUUCAUGUAUCAGAGAAGAAUCUGUCCCAGAUUGAGAAUGUCCAUGGAUUUGUUUCCCAUUCUCAUAUUUCACCAGUAAAGCCCACAGAAGCUGUUCCUUCCUCUUCUCCCAUUGUCCCUGUGAUCCCUGUCCCACCAGUCCCUGCUGAGACCAUCCCAUCCACCAUACCACAGGCAAAUCCCCCUCCAGUGCUGGUGAAUACAGAUUCUUUGGAGACUUCAACAUAUGUCAAUGGCACUGAUGCAGAUUACGAGUAUGAAGAAAUUACUCUUGAAAGGGGAAAUUCAGGACUUGGCUUUAGCAUUGCAGGUGGUACAGAUAACCCACAUAUUGGGGAUGAUGCCAGUAUUUUCAUUACAAAAAUUAUAGCUGGAGGUGCAGCUGCACAGGAUGGAAGAUUACGGGUCAAUGAUUGUAUCCUGAGAGUAAACGAGGUGGAUGUUCGGGAUGUGACACACAGCAAAGCCGUGGAGGCACUGAAAGAAGCAGGAUCCAUUGUACGAUUGUAUGUCAAAAGGAGAAAACCAGUCACAGAAAAAAUAGUGGAAAUCAAACUUGUGAAAGGCCCCAAAGGUCUUGGUUUCAGUAUUGCUGGUGGUGUAGGAAAUCAGCAUAUACCUGGGGACAACAGCAUUUAUGUAACCAAAAUCAUUGAAGGUGGGGCAGCACAUAAAGAUGGCAAACUUCAGAUUGGAGACAAACUUUUAGCUGUCAACAGUGUUUGCUUAGAAGAAGUUACUCAUGAAGAAGCAGUGACUGCCUUAAAAAACACAUCUGACUUUGUUUAUCUGAAGGUUGCAAAACCCACCAGCAUGUUCAUGAAUGACAGUUAUGCCCCUCCUGACAUCACAAACUCUUAUUCUCAGCCAGUGGAUAACCAUAUCAGCCCAUCUGCCUACCUGGGACAGUCCCUGCCCCCAGCAUCCCCAGGGAGAUACUCACCAGUUCCCAAGGGAAUGCUUGGAGAUGAUGAGAUCACCAGGGAGCCUAGAAAGGUUGUCCUACAUCGAGGAUCAACAGGUCUUGGUUUCAACAUUGUUGGAGGAGAAGAUGGAGAAGGAAUUUUCAUCUCUUUCAUCCUUGCAGGAGGGCCAGCUGACCUGAGUGGAGAGCUUAGGAAAGGAGAUCGUAUAAUUUCUGUAAAUGGAGUGGAUCUAAAAUCAGCAACCCAUGAACAGGCAGCAGCAGCUCUGAAGAACGCAGGCCAAGCAGUGACUAUUGUAGCUCAGUACCGUCCAGAAGAAUACAGUCGUUUUGAAGCUAAAAUCCAUGAUUUACGGGAGCAGAUGAUGAACAGUAGCAUUAGCUCAGGAUCAGGCUCUUUGCGAACCAGCCAGAAGAGAUCCCUCUAUGUCAGAGCUCUUUUUGAUUAUGACAAGACUAAAGACAGUGGCCUCCCAAGUCAAGGACUGAACUUCAAAUUUGGCGAUAUUCUCCAUGUCAUUAAUGCUUCUGAUGAUGAAUGGUGGCAAGCACGGCAGGUAACUCCAGAUGGAGAAAGUGAUGAAAUUGGAGUUAUCCCAAGCAAACGCAGAGUUGAGAAAAAAGAACGAGCCCGUUUGAAGACAGUGAAAUUCAAUUCCAAAACAAGAGAUAAAGGGGAGGUCCCUGACGACAUGGGAUCAAAAGGCCUGAAGCAUGUAACCUCUAAUGCCAGCGAUAGUGAAAGUAGUUACCGUGGCCAGGAGGAAUAUGUGUUGUCAUAUGAACCAGUCAAUCAACAAGAAGUCAGUUACACUCGACCUGUGAUUGUUUUGGGACCCAUGAAAGACAGAAUAAAUGAUGACCUGAUCUCAGAAUUUCCAGACAAAUUUGGCUCAUGUGUUCCACAUACUACUAGACCAAAACGAGAUUAUGAGGUGGAUGGACGUGAUUACCAUUUUGUCACUUCUCGAGAGCAAAUGGAGAAGGAUAUUCAGGAUCACAAAUUCAUUGAAGCUGGCCAGUACAAUAAUCACCUUUAUGGAACAAGUGUCCAAUCAGUGCGAGAAGUAGCAGAAAAGGGUAAACAUUGCAUUCUUGAUGUUUCUGGUAAUGCGAUCAAGAGGUUGCAGAUUGCCCAGCUGUACCCAAUCUCCAUUUUUAUUAAACCCAAAACAGUGGAAAAUAUCAUGGAAAUGAAUAAACGCUUAACAGAAGAGCAAGCCAAGAAGACAUUUGAGAGAGCCACGAAACUGGAGCAAGAAUUUACUGAACACUUCACAGCUAUUGUCCAGGGAGACACUCUGGAAGAAAUCUACAACCAAGUGAAACAGAUCAUAGAGGAACAGUCUGGUCCUUACAUCUGGGUUCCAGCAAAGGAAAAAUUAUGAAAACAGAUUUUUAUUUUUCAUUUUCUAACUGAUGUCACCUACUACAUCUGACGACUCUUAAGCCCUUCCAGUGGAGCCUGCCUCUAGUUCUUUCCAGCGUGGUUCAUACCCUAACCAUCACAUUCUGCAGUUCCCAUAAUGCUUUACAUUUGGUGUCUCUCUUAGUUUAAAUAAUUUGUAUUAUUGUGUGUUGUUGGUUUGCCAUUUUUCGAACAUGACAGUGGAAUGGCCUGACCAGCUAUUAGUUUAGGGUGGGGGUGGGCGGGAAUUGCUGGGUAAAAUUCCUUAAUGUUUAAGGGAAAGUAACUUUCAAAGAUUUUUCAAAAAAGCUUUAUAGACAUUCUUUUAAAAUUUCAUAACAAUUGAAAGAAAAGUUGUAUUCAAGGAAGUUGUAAAUUAUGAGUAACUUUGCACGCUUAACUUUAAUAGCAUGGUUUGGUCAGGGCAAUCAAUUUCAGGUUUUAUUUUCUGAGUUCAAUCCUAUUGUCACAGUAUCUUUUUUUCUUUCCAGGCAGUUAGAAAGCAACUUUUAAAUUUUGAGUUAGCAUUUUCAUUAAGUCCCAUUACUACUCCUAAAGGGAUAGUCAUUUUCAUAAUUUCAUACGGAUAUUCUUAUAAUCUAUUUUUUCAUUUUUUGCCAAUAAAAUUGCUAGGGACAAAGAUGUUUAAUGUUUUUAAUCUUCCUCAUGAAACACUAUUUAUAGUGUGUUGCAGAAAUUCUUUAUAGAUAAUGGUCAUCACACUUUUUGAGCCUAAAAAUAUGUUUAGGUGCUAGGAAACAUUGUAUUUUUCAGAGGAAUGCCAAAUUUGCAUUGGCAGUAAUUCAGAAAACAGCUGCAGAGAUGGUCAUUAGGGCAAUGAGAGAAUGAUUCAUAGCCUAAAAAUGUGUGUGUUCUUAGGGGUCAGAUUUUAAUGAAUAUUUUACCCACAAUAACUGCCUAUUUUGUUAUAAUAAAUAUAUAUAUAUUAAACUUUCUUUAACUAAACUCUGUAACUAUGGGAAUUAUUUUCUUUACAUAGUUGCGCACACGUAUAAAUAUAUAUAUAUAAAAUAUAUAUUUUUCUUUUACCACCUACUCCUAGCUUUUUGUUUUGAAUAAAAAUAAAAAACCAAAUUAGAAUUUACCUUCCUUAAUCACGGAAAAAUCAAAUGGGCUGUGAUGGCUGGGCAUGAAGUCCAGGGAAUAUUAGUACAAGAAAAAAAUACAUGCAAGUUCUCCUCUUUUCUACGCAAUUCCGGGUGUUUGUCUUCCCCUGUCCCCUUUGUAAUAUGCAUGUCUUAACCAAAGGGAGAAUUCAGAGCCAACAAUAUAUUUUUUUUCUGUACAUGUUCGUCUCGGAUUGCACAGGCACAAGAUCUUCCAUUUGCAAUGCACAAACUUCUGUGCUGAAUGUUAUGAAUACCUUGUACCAAAACCUUCAAUAAUGAAAUUCUCAAAUUCCCAUAUUAUUUAGUACCUGCCAUUGCUUGUUUGCAACCGAUUGUUUUUUAGAGAGAUGUACUUAUGACAGUCAUGGGGCAGUCACCCAACCAAAUCAGCUUUGGUUUGUAAAGAAUUAUCAACACUAUCCAUUCCAUUUGUUAGAAAGAGGAGAACAGCUAAUAAACUUUAUUGUACAAUA